CGGCUUAAAGCAGCCUGCCAGCUAGCAGCUGCCCUCGGAGAGGCCGCUUCGCGUUCUUUGUGCACGUGUGGGCCUGCGGUGCUUUGUGCCUGCUGUGGGAACUGGGCUGCCUUUGCUUCGGUAUGAGUUUGUGCGGCAGCGCAGAAGCACAACCAAAGAAAAAAAAGAAAGUGGAUCCAAAGAGAGAGCAAGCACAGAAGGAUCGUGUGAAAAAGAAGAUUAAAAAGUUGGAAAAAGCUGCUCCAGAACUGAUUCCCAUUGAGGAUUUUGAAACCCCACUGAAGUUUUCAGAUAGCAACAGGGUGCGAAGCCUUCCUCCUCUCUCAUUUGAGGAAACCGAAAGAAGAGUUUUACUUAUGAAAAAGUGGUCUCUGUAUAAGCAGCAACAAGACAAGGCAGAGAAGGAAGCAAUUCGGAGCCUUGUAGAAGCUCAGCAAGAGGCACUAAAAGAACUGCGCCUGGAAUCUGAGGAGCUCUACCAGGCAGCCAUCAGACGGGACGAGGAGCUGUUCCCCUUUGAGAGAGAUGGGCCUGAUUAUACCCCAGCACUUCCUGGUUAUGAUCCUCCUGAAGGAAAGUGCAUCGAUAUCACCAAAGUGUACACGCAGUGAUGGCGUUUGUUGUUCACCUGGCAUAAGCUGCUCGGCUGACUGAAGAAGGGAGUGAGAGCUACUGGUUCCUUUGGCAUGCUCAAACACAGUAGGUGCAUGACUGUAAAAACAAAGAAAAUUCUCUAAGUGUAUUUGAUUUUUUUUAAAACUGCCAAGCUAUAAUAAAAAAAAGUAAUAAAACAUCGAGC